AGUAGCGCGGGAAACCGCUAUGCGGUAAGACGGCUCGCGAUUAUUGUUGAAGUGGUCAAUGCAUUUUAAAUAAAAUUUAUUAAAAUAAACAAAACGUUUUUGGAGUAACAAAGGAAGUCAAACGUGAUAUUAUAUUUUUUAAUUGUUAUAGCGAAAUUGUGAAAUAGUUUUAUAGUGUUGUGGCUAAAAUAUUUGUUGCGAAAACUAUAAUAGAUUUCCAUUUGGUUAAUUUGAUAUAGUGUUUUGUGUAAUGUGGAUACACACCUAGUGAAUAGAUCAAGAGGUUAUGGAAAGAGCCAAUUGAUGUCUCCAAAAUGGCGGCUUCCAGUCGUGUUACGAUCGCUCAAGAUGGCGGACAGGGGAAUGUUAAAUUGCAUCCGUAUCUGGCGGCAUUGGUACGGUGGUGCAUCUCCUCGAUUUGGACGACCGCGACUGUACUUCUGCAUCGGUUGAUGACUGCGCCCCUACCGCCGAUUUCGGGUCCAAAACCUCCGAAGCCACGUCCAGCGAGCUCCGACCACCUGCACCCUGAGCCUCUGGUGGAGUGCGUGGUUCUGCACCAGCCGCCGUCUCACAGCCUCGACGUUAUCUUCGUACAUGGACUUUAUGGGUCGCUUGGAAACACGUGGCGCCAAGGCGAGUGGAGGGCGAACUAUAAAAACGAUCCAGUAAAGGUUCCUUUGAGACGCCCAAACUCAAUUCCCACAGCGUGCGCUUGCAAAUGGGAUAAAGAGGAGAACUUAAUCGAGAAAUGCUCAUGUGAUUUCAUAAACGAUUUUAAAGAUUCGAAUAGUAUAGACGAUAACAAUUAUAGUCUAAACAGAAGACGAGAAGAGUACGCCGCGAAAGAAGAUUUGAGAUUUUACGAGGAAUUUCGAAAGGUUUUACCUGAAGACAAUCUGUUUAUAACAGAGAAAUUCUACAAUAAUACACUGCUUGGUCAAGUUGAAAUUCUAGGGAAUUUUGAAACGCAGGCCAAUUUCGUGCGAGAUCUGUUUGAGAAAACUAAUCGAGAUAUAGACUGUGAUAUUAAGGAUGUAGAUGAGAAAAGUCAUUUACGAGUGGACUGCAAGUGUGGAAGUGAAAAGUGCGAGGUGGGAUGUGGUUGCACCUGUGACCACUGCUACUCGUCGUGUUGGCCCAGGGAUUGGAUCAAAGUGGACUUCCCCGGAGCUAGGGUCAUUUCUAUCAAUUACACUAGCGACCCGUAUUUAUGGCGACCGUUGUGGAUUAAGGAAAACAAACGGCAGCGGCUUCACGAUCGCGCUGAUCAAAUGAUGACGCAGCUUCUGGAACUCGGUGUUGGAGACAAGCCCAUAAUAUGGGUCGGUCACUCGAAGGGUGGGCUAUUCAUUAAGCAGAUCUACUGUGAAGCACAUGAAGCGUAUUUAAAAAUUAACAAAAACGAAAAUAACGACGUGUCUACCAUUGAGAAAUUUGUAAUUGAAGAAAGCAAUAAAAUAAACGAGGAAGACAUCUCUAAUGGAAACUUAGAAGGUGAUACUGAGAACAAUAUAAUAACAAUAGAAAAUGCUACGAAUGAGGCUAAAUUGACCAAUUUAAUAAAUUACGUUUUCGGCGGUCAAAAUGAAUGUGUAACAAAUGAUGUACUAGAUGUAAAUAAGAACAAUUUAAAGACUGUAGGUAACACAGAAAAAAACGGAGAAACUGGUAAGAUAGAGACUGGACAAGAACGUGAAGACGAAACCAAAGAACAAAAUGAACAAAUAUCUUCUGAUAAUGAAGAAGAUCCAAAGGAAUUGACGCGAAAAGCAAACCUGUGGAAGAACAGCGCCGGUUUCAUGUUUUAUUCUGUUCCUCACCGCGGAUCUCCACUCGCCGACAUUAAAACUCCAAUCACAGCCAGGAGUAUCGAAUUAUUAGAAAUUUGUAAAGACUGUUCCCUGGUGAUGUCCCUUCAAGAGCGCUGGCUCAAAGCCACCUCAACCGUGAAGCCGGCAGUAAGCAGCCUGGUCGAGACCUGCAAGACCCUUAUGUCGCUUCUUUGGCUGAGAAUUGUCAGCGUAGACUCUGCUGAUCCCGGCAUCGGAGCCCUAUCAGGCGUAUCAGUGGAUCAUCGGGAGAUCUGCAAACCAUCGAGCAGGAAAUGUCUUUUAUAUAGAGAACUUAAAAUCCUUAUACAAAAUGCUUUGAGCAAGCAUCGACAACAAUAACCAAUAUUAACAAUUAAGGACCCAUAAUGUACCUUGGGGUACACCCAUUAAAUCGUAAAUCUGUGAUUGUUUUGAUUUUAAGUGCAAUAAUAAAGGUGUUAAUGGACUUUGUAGCUUCAAUGUAUUGUAAAUAUAAUAAUGUAAUAAAUCUUGUCUCUUGAUUUAAAAUGGAAUAUCUUUAAGAUAGAGCUUCCAUCAUGUUUCCCUUACCCAUUUUUCCUACAACAUUUCGAAUACAAAAUAGCGUUGUUCUACAACAAUAUCAGAGUUAUUGCAAGAGUCAUGAUAACGUGUCGGUUCAACUAAGAAAAGACCGUGAUCUUACUUAAUAUAAGCGUGAAAUAGCGAAAACAUGUUAGGUAUUUCUUAUAAUAUGAAACUUUCAAUGAUACCCAUGACACUUUAAUGGCGCCUUUAGGUCUAGUGAGAGAACAAAACACAUAAACUAAACUUAAUAAACCUAAAUAUUUUGUUUCGCCUCAUCCUCUUGUUUAACGUUACGUUAUGUGUUGUUAAGCUUUCUUUUCAAUCCAGUUAACCUCAUUAAGCCAUUAGGCAUUAAGCCUGCGAGCUGUGACAAUUAUUGAUUUGUUACUCAUUUAAAAUAAGAUACAAGAUAAAAACAAAUUUUGCGUAUUAUUAGCCAUGCUUGAAUACUACCCCACCUGAUGGCAAGAGGUGAUGCAGCCGAAGAUGGUAAGCGCAUUGACAAUCUAAUUAGAUGGAAAUAUAGAAGCAGACAUCAAAUCAUUACGAAUCAUUAGAGAAUACCGUUCAGUUUUUCUAAUGUAACUUUCAGUUCUUCUAUAUAUAAUACUAGCUGUUCCCCGCGACUUUGCCCGCUUGUAAUUUAGGGUUUUAAUUUUGUUGCGCGGAACUCUAAAUAUAUUUCUAAAAUAUAAGUAGCUUAAGUUACUCCUUAUAACAUGAGCUAUCUAUCAAUGAAAGUCCCGUCAAAAUCGCUCCAGCCGUUUUGGAGAUUAGCUGGAACAAAGAGACAGACAGACAAAAAUGUUAAAAAUUGUGUUUUUGUGAUAAGUACCGUAUGUGAUAAGUACUUUCAUAUGCAAUUAGUAAAAAGCUGUUAUUUUUUAUAUAUAUUUUUAGAUAAUUAACCAAGAGCCGAAUUAAAACUUAUUGUAGCUAUAAAAAUAUUAAGCAAACUUAUUUUAAGGGAUAAGCGCCUGUGAAUCAUAUAUAUGUAAAUUAUAAAUUUAGACUUUCAUGAGACGGACAUAUUCUGACGGUUGGUAUUAUGAAAACAAAACAUCAUAGUGUCAGCUACUAAAGUCAGGGAGCAUUAAACCAUAGUUAAAUAUGUGAUUUAAUAAGUUUUAUUGUUAAUAGAAAAAUAAAAAGUAUAUACAUCUUGCGGUUUUUUAUUACAAUAAAACACCUGAACAUCCAUUACAUAUUCCAGUCAGACUUCUAGUUAGUUUCUUCGUUGUUUUUGACAACUAAAAAUGAUGUUAUAAGGAAACGCUGUGAUUAUUUUAUGUGCGCAAUUUAUCAGCAGUGGAAUAAUUGUAGGGUUUAUUUUGUUACCAGGUUAAAAAUUUAUUUAACUAUUAUUCUACGUCUGUUACAUUAGAUUGUUAUUAUUACAUUAUAUAUUAUAUAUCUCCUCCCCCAUGAGGCAAUCUAUGGGGAGGCCUAUUUUCAGCAGUGGAUUUUUAUAGGUUGUAAUGGAUAGAUGGAUGGAUAUUACAAUACAUAUUAUACAGUCUCAAAGUCUUCAAUUUCAACAAAUGACACGAGUGGCUUAUGGUAGCUAAAGUAUAUAAUAGAUAAAAGCAAAACUAUAUACUGUAUUCUAUCUCAUUUUCUUACAGGCUAACUUCUAUAGAUUUAUUAUAUGUUUGUCUCUUUUUAGCGUCGCUUUUUCGUUUCAUCGAGUUUCAAAUUCAUUCCAAAAAAGUGUG